AUGAUGGCUAAAUUUGUAUUAAUAUUUGGAUUGAUGGUACUAUCCAGUGCUGCUCUUAAAGAUUUAAUGCUAAAAGAAAAUAAAACACCGAAGGAAAGUUCUGUUUUGCGUGCGACAACAUUUAUGAAUACAUGUGAUGAAUGUCAAGCUCUUAUUAUUCGUUUCGCUGAGACAAUCAAAAAUCCAGAGAAGAUGGAAGAACUGAAAGAUUUAUUACGUAUGCUUUGUCAUCAGACAUUACAUGAAUAUGAAUGUCGUGUAUUCGUUAAUGAAUUGGAACAUUUCCUUCAAAAAUUCGAAAAAUAUCUGAAAGAUCCAAAAAAAAUUUGUGAACAUUUACGUCUUUGUUCAAAUCGAAAAAUCGAUCAGUUUCGUAGAAUCGAUAUGAUUUAUGGUAAAAAGAAAAAUGAAAAUGUAGAGAGUGAUCUAAUUUGUGACGAAUGUCAACUUGCUGCAGAUGAAUUAAAACAUUCAAUUGAGGAUGAAAAAGUUCAGCUACGUUUGAAAAAGUUUAUCUCUGAGGAAAUAUGUGUUCGUUUAGGUGAAUUGCGAGGCAAAUGUGAUUUACUGCUUGAAGAAUUUCUGCCAGAAGUGAUUGAAGAACUUGACAAAUUAUUGAAAAAUACAAAAGCUUUCUGUGCUGACAUUGGUCUUUGUAAACGUUCAAUAGAUCAAUAUGAAGAUACAGAAAAUGAUGCAAUUAAUCCUAAAGAUGUCAGUAUUUUUGCAAACUUUAAUUUUUGA